AUGAUUCCAAAGAUAGUGCAUCACACUAACUCAUCUUCUGGACAAUACACUAACUCAUCUUCUGGACAACACACUAACUCAUCUUCUGGACAAUACACUAACUCAUCUUCUGGACAAUACACUAACUCAUCUUCUGGACAAUACACUAACUCAUCUUCUGGACAAUACACUAACUCAUCAUCUGGACAACACACUAACUCAUCUUCUGGACAACACACUAACUCAUCAUCUGGACAACACACUAACUCAUCUUCUGGACAAUACGCUAACUCAUCUUCUGGACAAUACACUAUCUCAUCUUCUGGACAAUACACUAACUCAUCAUCUGGACAACACACUAACUCAUCAUCUGGACAAUACACUAACUCAUCUUCUGGACAAUACACUAACUCAUCUUCUGGACAAAGAAAUGCCAUCACAAGAUCAACUUUGCAGAAAGGCAAACUUAUUCCACUUUUGGAAUUUUUUCUUAUUUCUGGUUUCUAA